AACGAAGUCACCCCCCGCCUUCGCCGUUCCCAUCACAAACGCACUGACACUAAAUUGAAACUGCAACUGCCAUUCCAUCAGACGACAUCGUCGUUCAAUCCCUUCUUCUUCCUCUCUCUCUCUGUCUCCAACUGUCAAGACAUUAUAGUUUUAUGGACUCGUAGAUCUUCUUUUCAUUUCCUCUUCGACUCCAGAAUUCAUCUCUGUAACAUUUCUUUUCCUUUUUUAAAUCUUAAACAAGGAGAGCUGGAUCCAUCACAGGAACCAGCGCAGUCCUUGAAGGCAUCCGCCGCGGCCGCCACUUCCAACGGCCAGAUCCGCUAUCGUUCCCCUUCCUCUGCUGAACUUCUGGAGACGGGUGCCUCGGCCGGCACUAACACUGCUGCUGCCUCUACUUCUCCCACCCACUCCGAACACCAUCUACUCCACCAAUUGCCGUUUGAGAAAAUGAAGCGCCCGGUGUCUCGACAUGAGCCUUUGUCUGAAAAGAUCCAUAGGUACCGAAGCGUUCUUCUGGUGAUUUCGAUCCCGCUGCUCUUGAUCGCUUUUGUUCUGUUUUUCAUGCCUAGUCGGUCUCCAACGGCCGUUUUGGAGGAGUACGAGAUUAUUAGUGGCCGGAAAAUGUCGCCCAAUUUGAAAGAUGCCAGGAGAUAUGCGGUUAUUUUUGACGCUGGAAGUUCGGGGAGUAGAGUGCAUGUUUAUUGUUUUGAUCAAUACAAUAAUCUCGUUCCAAUCGGCAGAGAUCUCGAGCUUUUUCUCCAGAUUAAACCAGGUUUGAGUGCGUAUGCAAAUGACCCACUGGCUGCAGCAAAUUCCCUUCUUCGCUUGCUUGAACAAGCAGAAAGAGUUGUGCCUAAAGAGUUGAGACCGAACACACCUGUUAGAGUUGGGGCUACUGCAGGUUUGAGGGCUUUGGAAGGUGAUGCAUCUGAUAGAAUUUUGGAUGCAGUUAGGGAUAUUCUGAGAGAUAAGAGUACCCUGAAAACAGAGGCAGAUGGAGUUUCUGUGCUGGAUGGUUCUCAAGAAGGUUCUUAUGAAUGGGUGACGAUAAAUUACUUAUUAGGAAAAUUGGGCAGUUCAUAUUCUGAUACAGUUGGAGUGGUUGAUCUUGGGGGUGGAUCUGUUCAAAUGGCAUAUGCUAUUUCUAAAGCGGAUGCUGCAAAGGCUCCAAGAGUAUCAGAUGGAGAGGAUACAUAUAUAAAAGAAAUGCAUCUGAUGGGCAUUGAUUAUUACCUUUAUGUUCACAGUUACCUUCACUAUGGCUUAUUAGCAGCUCGAGCAGAAAUUUUGAAGGUUUCUGAAGACUCUGAAAAUGGGUGCAUCUUGGCUGGUUAUGAUGGGGUUUACAACUAUGGAGGACUGGACUACAAGGCAUCAGCUUCUUCUUCUGGUUCUAGCUUUGAAGAAUGUAGGAGCCUUGCAUUGAAGGCUCUGAAAGUUAAUGAAUCAACAUGUAUCCACAUGAAAUGCACAUUUGGCGGAGUAUGGAAUGGUGGUGGUGGAGAUGGACAAAGAAAUUUGUUUGUUGCUUCAUUCUUUUUCGACAGGGCUGCUGAGGCUGGUUUUAUUGAUCCUGCUCAACCUGUUGCCAAAGUUCAUCCUGCGGAUUUUGAGGAGGCAGCAAAGCGUGCUUGUGAAACAAAACUUGAGGAUGCAAAAUCUACAUAUCCCCGUGUUGAUGAGAAACUCCUGCCAUACUUAUGCAUGGAUCUUGUCUAUCAGUAUACAUUACUCGUAGAUGGAUUCGCUCUUGAACAUUGGCAAGAAAUUACAUUGGUGAAGCAGAUCAAGUAUCGUGAUGCUCUUGUUGAAGCUGCAUGGCCACUGGGCAGUGCCAUAGAAGCUUUAUCAUUGCCAUAGAAGCUUUGUGAUCAUCAUCAAUACAAGUCUAAAUUGCAUCUGCAUAUUCCACACAUGGAAACUCAUGGCAUUUGGUUCCUUAACAUUUGCAGUUAUUAUCAGAAUCAGUAGGGUUGACAAUGCUUCAGAAGUCACCGGCAAGCUGAGAUGGAAAUCUGAUUUUGGCCUUAUAUAUAACAGGAAUAAUGAGAAAAGAAUAGCUCCAUUUAUCUUCAUUUGUAAUUACGUUAUAAAAUGCGAUCAUUUAUGAUUUUUUAGAGAAUGAUUCAAUUCAUUUAGUUGAGUUUGUUUCAAUUAACAAACAAAAUGAGCAUACGAUUGCUAUUAUUGUAGCAGUAAGGAUAAUGAUUUUCCUUUGCACAAA